GUGAUGAAGGAGAGGGAAGGAGAGGGGAGAUGCUUCAGAAGCUAACAUAACGACGCAGAUCGUGGCAAUAAAUAAGCACUAGUCUAAAGCAGCGUUCGAGGCCCAGCGCGAUCGCCCGAUAUCGUGCCGUGGCCGUGUAAUCAAACGGGCCCUUCUCCGUAAUGAGUAUGGGAGGGAUUCUAAUUAUGUCUCGAUUCCUCCUCCUGAAAUCUGAGUAGAUUAGGGUGUAAUUAUUAUAAUUCACAACAACAAUGCAAUAAAUUAGAUUUGGGGAGUGGCUGCUGGUGGUACAUACGCCAAUCCUGAUUAUUAUUAGAUUAUAUAUAUAGCUCAAGAAACUAUGCCGAAGAGUAUAUCCUCAUUCAGCAGAUGCAGAAACAUAAAUCCGCUGUAUUACCUGAAACAACCGAAGCGUCUGGCAUUGCUAUUCCUCCUGGCCUUCGUUUGUCUCACAUUUUUCAAUUGGGAUCGCCAAACACUUGUCAGAGACCACGAGGAUGAAAUCACUAAGUUGAAUGAAGAAGUACUCAAGUUACAAAAUAGGCUGGAUGAUUCAAAUAAUAAAGGAGCUUCUGGUGCAAAGAUGGAAGUUAGUGGCAUAAAUAGAUAUCAUAAGACAAAAGAGGUUCCAGAAGAUCCAAUAUCUAUUCAACGAAGAGAAAAAGUGAAAUCUGCCAUGCGCCAUGCAUGGAGUUCAUACGAAAAGUAUGCAUGGGGUCAUGACGAGCUUCAGCCACAGACUAAGACUGGUGUUGACAGCUUUGGUGGUCUUGGAGCAACUUUAAUAGACUCGCUUGAUACAUUAUAUAUAAUGGGCCUAGAUGAGGAGUUCCAAAGAGCAAGAGAGUGGGUCGCGAACACAUUGGAUUUCAACAAGAACUAUGAUGCUAGUGUUUUUGAGACAACCAUAAGAGUGGUUGGUGGACUCUUAAGUGCAUAUGAUCUGUCCUCAGACAAACUGUUUCUUGGCAAAGCUAAAGAUAUUGCUGACCGGUUACUGCCUGCAUGGGAUACUCCAUCUGGCAUACCUUAUAACAUAAUCAAUUUAGCACAUGGAAAUCCGCGUAAUCCUGGAUGGACUGGGGGUAACAGUAUCCUAGCAGAUUUUGGCUCAGAGCAGUUGGAAUUUAUUGCUCUUUCCCAAAGGACAGGGGAUCCGAAGUAUCAGAAGAAGGUGGAGAAUGUUAUUGUACAACUUGAUAAAACUUUUCCAGCUGAUGGAUUGCUUCCCAUUUUUAUUAAUCCUCAUAAGGGUACAUCAUCUUACUCAGCAAUUACAUUUGGAGCCAUGGGGGACAGCUUUUAUGAAUAUUUACUCAAGGUGUGGAUACAAGGGAACAGAACUGCUGCUGUGAACCAUUAUAGGGAAAUGUGGGAGACAUCAAUGAAAGGUCUAUUAACUUUGGUUAGAAGAAGUACACCUUCAUCUUUUACCUAUAUUUGUGAGAAAAAUGGGGAUUCGCUCAGGGACAAGAUGGAUGAACUAGCUUGCUUUGUUCCAGGGAUGAUAGCACUUGGAUCAUCUGGUUAUGGUCUGGAGGAUUCUCAGAGGUUUCUCUCACUUGCCGAAGAGCUUGCCUGGACAUGCUAUAACUUCUACCAGUUAACUCCGACGAAAUUGGCUGGAGAGAACUAUUACUUUAAUGCAGGGCAGGAUAUGAGUGUUGGUACAUCAUGGAAUAUCUUGAGGCCAGAAACUGUGGAGUCUCUAUUUUAUCUGUGGCGUUUGACUGGAAAUAAAACCUACCAAGAUUGGGGUUGGAAUAUAUUUGAAGCAUUCGAAAAGAAUUCGCGCGUUGAAUGGGGCUAUGUUGGAUUGAAGAAUGUUAAUACGGGGGUUCAAGACAAUAUGAUGCAGAGCUACUUUCUUGCGGAGACAUUCAAAUAUCUGUAUCUCCUUUUCUCACCACCUUCAGUGGUUCCGCUAGAUGAGUGGGUUUUUAACACAGAGGCUCAUCCUCUGAGAAUUGUCACCCGGGGGGGACAAUCCAGGUUCAGUUCUAAAGGAGGAAUCAAAGAUUGAAUAGUUAAUUGUCACCCCGAGACAAGACAAGGUCAGAGUUGCGUUUAGGUUGUUGUUAGAGCAUUAAAACAACAUUAAUUCCAUGCAUUGUUUAAUUUUAGUGUAUAGCCUCAAAUAGAUCCUCUUUGAGGGCCUCUGUAUAUAUAUAUAUAUAUUAUUAUUAUUAUUUAGGAUAACUUGUGUUAGCUUUUGUCCAACACUACUACUAGUACUACUGUCUGGAUUGGAACCAAUACCUACCAUAUUUGGGUUGGUUAAAAAGUAUUUAUAUAUAUAUGAAGAUAAAUAUUAUUCUGAAUUGU